AUGCUAUUCCCCGUGCCUGGGUGCACUUGCUCUUCUCGGAGGCUCGGCUCACUGGGCUCCCUUGUCUUCCGCCUCACGAUCAUGGCUCAGAUCUGGCGCACGUUUAAGAGCCAAGAGCGUGCCUUCCGCUUUGCCGACGCCACCCUUCAUCCGACCCGCAUCCUCUCCUUUGAGCUGCCGGGUAGCACAGGCCGACGCGAAUUUAUCGUGGCCAACGACGCGGGCCUUCAGCGCAACUAUGCCUUACGGCCAAAUGACCGCUUCUAUUACGAAAUGAUUCGCGAUGGCCAACCGGCCCAUCUCUACCUGGACCUCGAAUACAGUCGUCGCCACAACCCCAGCCUGGACCCCGAGCGGCUCACAAAUUCCAUCAUCGAUGCCCUCGAACUGACGCUGCGCGCUCGCUGCUCACCGCCAGCCGCAGCCAACCUCGAGCUCGACACCCUGGUGCUCGAUGCCAGCACGGAGACGAAAUUUUCAAAACACGUCAUUUUCAAAGUGCCCGGGUAUGCUUUCCCAGACAACCUCGCUGCUGGUUGCUGUCUUCGAACGGUGUUGCUUCAGGCCCUCGAGCGCCGCACUCGCCUUGAGGUGCUCGAAACCACGAGCGCCAUGGAAGAGGUCCUCGGCGCGACCACGGAUUCUGCCCCCCUGACUGAGCAACCCACCCCUGCCCAAGAGGCCAUAGACGCUCUUGCGCGCUGCCUCUUUGUGGUGGGGCGCGAUGGUGCCCUCACCCUCUUUGUCGAUUGUGGAGUCUACUCGCGUAACCGCAAUUUUCGCCUGUACCUCUCGCGAAAGCGAGGCAAGGCCAAUCCGCUCUGCUUCGACUCCGCCUUGAGCCGCCUACGCACCCCCACGGCCCGUCAGAUCUGGCUGCCAUCACCAACGUCUACCGAUUUGACGGACGAGCUUGCGCCUGCAUCGGUACCCAAGGCGCCAUCAGACCCGUGGGCGAGUGACUCGGCCCUGGGCCUGGCCCGCCUCAAGUCAAGCCUGAUUACGCAUCACGAGCACCCGGAGCAGCUGCGCUGGCUAGUAUGGCCUGAGCCCAAUAUUCCUGCUCGCUAUACCCGCUGGCUGGGUGUUGCAUUGCACCAUGGAACAGGCGGCGCGUGCUCCUACGGUAGCAGCCACAACAGGCCGACGUCCGUACCCACAGCCAUGGGUAUGGCCUCGCCAUUUCCUUCGAUUGAUGAUUACGUGACGCAAGUGUGUCAGGACGAACGGCAUCGCGGACGUAUCCGUCGCUGUUUCUACUUUGCGCAGACCAAAACCAUCACCUAUGAUUUGGAUCACUAUCGCUUUUGCCACAAUAUUGGACGCCACCACCGCUCCAAUGGUUCGGCACAACCCAACUCGUUGAUUGGCGACGCCGCAGAUAGAGUUUGCUGCUCGACGCAACUCACUCGCGUUGACCUUCUUUGCUAUGCCUUUCAGAAAUGCCAUGACCCCGACUGCCGGGCACUCGACUAUCGAAGCCCACCGUUUCGAAUGCCAGUAGAACUCGUGCCUUUUGAGCCUCCAGCGCCUUGGAGCGAAGCAGAUGACCAAGCUGACGAGGCCCAUGAGGUCACACCAUCGGAGCCACCCUCACAGACUCCAACACUGCACGCACAAGGAGGUGCAGAACGUGCUUUUGAAACUGACUUGAAGGAGCAAGAUGUACCAUUGGAACACGCAUCCCCUCUUGACGCACCGCCUUCUGCGACCCAGCGCCACAGCUUUCCAGAAAAGCAUACAAGAAAGACAGAAGCCGAGCAGCAAGGAGCGACGGAGGGAGAGGACACGGCAGAGGAUGCGCUUGACGCCACCGUCCUGCAAUACUUGGAGAAUUUUGACUAA